UAUUUUUAUUUUUAAUUACUUGGCUCGUCACUUGGCUCGUUACUUGUUAUUUUUUACUUGUCCAAUUACUUGUUAUAUAUAUUACUUAGUUUAUUAAAUAUUUGGUAUCAAUUUCACUAGUUAAUUAAAAUUUAUGUAUUGCAUUUUAUGAAUGGCCACAAUUACUCGUUACUUGCCUCCUAAUCGCUACUUAACCACUACAUGAUCCUUAAAGUUGAAUACUUGUCCUGACCAAGUCGAUAUCUGUUGAUAUUAAGUAAUCUAUUUAAAUCAUUUGCAAGUAUAAGAUAAAUAUCAAAUACUAAAAUAAAAUUAAUUACUUAGCGUUGUUUGGUUCAAUACUAAGAAAUAUACAUUUUCUUAAAUCAUAGUAAAAUAAUUUGUUUAUGUUUCUAUUCUCAUAACUGAAUUAAACAUAAGUGAUAUAUUUAUAUAAGCAUUUUGAAAAUUUCUCUUUUUUAUAUAUUUCAAUUCUUGAAUUGACUAAAAUAUAUGAAAACAAUGAUAUAUUAUUUAAAUAUAUUAAAAUUAUUUACCUUUAAAUUUUAACGAAUUAGCAAAUAAUUUACCAAUAAUUAUCAAGUAGUUUACAAGUAAUAAGUAAUAAAACAAGUUAAGUAACUUGUAAGUCCAUCAAUUUUAUGCAAAUAUUCGAAACUGCAAAUAUUCGUUUUUAGCAAACUAAAUAUAAGUCCAAAAUUUUACUAUUCGGACAAGUCGAGCCAAAUACUAACUACAACGAAAAUACCAAGUUGCCAGCUUGUGCCCACCCCUAAAAAUAACGCGACGUUAGGAACUCGACAGGCGUUAAUACGUGUCUAAAGACUCUAGCUAAACUCGACUAAAACGCUUUGUUUAACAUAUUUUUUUUUCCUCUUCUUUUAUUUUAUCUCUCUCGUUAUCAAAACAAAAAGGGAACAAACAUACAUGCUCGAAGUUUGCUAGCCCCAAAAAAGGAAUUAAAAAGAAACUAAUAAAAGCGAAAACGUUCAGGUGUCUCCGGCCAGUCAUACAGACAUCAGAUUCAAAUUAGGGCAUAAGACUGGUCGGAGAAAGAAGUCAUGGGAAGGAGAAAAGUGGAGAUCAAACGAAUUGAGAACAAAAGCAGUCGACAAGUUACUUUCUGUAAACGACGCAAUGGUCUCAUAGAGAAAGCUCGCCAGCUCUCAGUUCUCUGUGGAUCCUCCGUUGCUGUUCUCAUCGUUUCCUCUACCGGGAAAGUCUAUAGCUCUUCAUCCGGCGAUAGCAUGGCCAAGAUCCUUAAGCAUUAUGAAGUACAACAUGCUGAUAAGCUUAAAACCUUGUGCCUUAACAUUGUAAAGACGGAACAGCAUAGAGGUACUUUGUUUUUCACUGCAGGUAUUGCACUAAAAACUCUACGACAAAUUUCUAAACUUGAUCUCACAGAAAAAACUCAGAAUUACCUUUCACUCAAUGAGUUACUAGAAACAGUCCAACGCAAGCUUGAAGCAGCGAACGUUGAUAAUAUAAGCGUAGAGUCUCUAAUAUCCCUGGAAGAGCAGUUCAAGACUGCUCUGUCUUUAACUAGAGCUAGGAAGACAGAACUAAUGAUGCAGCUUGUAAAAACGCUUCAAGAAAAGGAGAAGCUGUUGAGAGAGGAGAACAAGGUUUUGGCUAGCCAGCUUGCAAAGAUAGGGAAGGAGAACGAGUUUCUGGAAGCAGAGGAUGAAAGAGCAAUGUUACUGGAAUAUAGCUCCGGCAACAACCAACCGGAGACUCUCCGGCUUCUCAAGUAACCACCAUCAUAAACGGCUGAUUUUUCACCAUCCUGUUUCAAAUAAAAUUGUAAAAUAAUUAAUCGGAUUUGUAAACCCUGAAGAAGCUACUUAAGAUCCUCUUCUUCCCCUGGUACGGAAACGAUUCAAAGGAAAACAUCAAAUAAAAUACCGAUCUUUGCUGUUUACCUUC